CUGCUUCUGUUAUAAGAAAGUUCACUUGGAACCAGUAGCAACAGACUAAACUGGUUGUAGUGAGUUAAGGUGGAUAGUUGAGCCUUUAAGAACUGAUACUGAAGUCAUCAUCAUGUCAGCAGUCAAAUCCCGUGUGUCUCUCCGGUCUCUGGUUCUGACCCCGGAGCGUAUUCCGAGCUUCAUCAACCCUUUACGCAGUCCGCUCCUGGCAUCCCCGCGCCUCCUCCUGAACUCUCCAGACCGGACCAGGUUACUGUCGGACUGUGAUGACGGCGGAUCUCCGCCAGCAAGCCAGCCCAACACCCCGACGAACCCCAGGGGGUCUAAGAGGUUUACGCUGCGCUUGCCUUCGCCUGCGUUCGGACGCGCCCGGAGCGCCACCGCUGCUCCAGCAGAGUGCGCAGACGUGGAUGCCAUAACCUGCGCAGCCAUGUCGCUAACGCACAUCCCUAAGGUGACCACACCUUAUGGGUUCCGCGCGGUGCUGGCCACGAGUCCGUGCACCAACCGGCGGGAGUCCCUGUUCCAUCGCCACAAACAGGUGAAAGUUACGGUCACGGAGGAUGACGCGCAGACUCCAGCGACGCCGCGUCCCGCCACAGCUCCAGGAAGGUCUCUGGGGCCCCGGCUGCAGCCAUUAAAGGCUCUCGGUCUGCAGGUGAUGAACGAGCUGAAGAAACCCGUGGCCAGUCUGAAGGCUUUGGGUUCAUCUCCACGGAUGACUGCUGCCCCUGAGUCUCUGUCGGACUGAUGCCGAGGGUUUAUGGUGGUUUAACAUAUUUUAAUAUAUUCUUCUAUUAAACUGAUUUAAUCUGAAA